ACUGUCAUGAGAUUUGUCAACAGUUCCUUCAGUUCCAGAAUGGGGCACCGCUCCAUUGCUCUGAAUUGCGCAUCUGUUGCCAGAGCCGUGAGUCUGUGUGAUUUUAAUAUGUAACCACUGGGUCCAUAACGCGAUUGAUGUCGAAUUGUUUAAACAUAGAGUUUGGUGUUGCUGCAGGGAAACCACUGCCUGCAAAGGUGAAGAUUGUGGAAGUGGGACCCAGAGAUGGUCUACAGAAUGAAAAGACUGUGGUGCCUGCAGAGGUGAAAAUCAGACUGAUUGACAUGCUGUCUGAAGCAGGACUUCCUGUAAUUGAAGCCACAAGCUUUGUGUCUCCAAAGUGGGUUCCACAGAUGGCAGACCAGGUGGAGGUCAUGCAGGGCAUACAUAAAAAGCCAGGCGUGAAUUACCCAGUCCUCACCCCUAAUCUAAAGGGCUUCCAAGCUGCUGUGAAAGCAGGGGCGCAGGAAGUGGCUAUAUUUGGCGCCGCAUCAGAGCUCUUCAGCAAAAAGAACAUCAACUGCUCAGUAGAGGAAAGUCUUCAGCGCUUUGAAGAGGUCACCAAGGCAGCCAAGGAGCAAGGAGUACUCGUUAGAGGGUAUGUGUCGUGUGUAUUGGGAUGCCCAUAUGAAGGGAAUGUGUCACCUGAAAAAGUAGCUCAGGUAGCAAAGCGAUUAUAUGCCAUGGGUUGCUAUGAGAUCUCUCUUGGCGACACCAUCGGUGUGGGCACUCCAGGGGGCAUGGGCGAGAUGCUGGAGGCAGUGAAGCGGGAGGUGCCAGUGGACGCUCUGGCUGUGCACUGCCAUGACACCUAUGGCCAGGCCCUGGCCAACAUCCUGGUAGCACUACAGAUGGGAAUUAGCGUUGUGGACUCAUCUAUAGCUGGCCUUGGCGGUUGUCCAUACGCCCAAGGAGCUUCUGGGAACGUGGCCACCGAAGAUGUGGUAUACAUGCUGCAUGGACUUGGAAUUCAAACGGGAGUCGACAUGCAUAAACUGAUGGAUGCCGGUGCAUUCAUUUGUCAGUUCCUGAACAGACGGACCAGCUCGAAAGUGGCCCAGGCUUCCUGCAAACUCUGAGCCCCGUUCAGGCAGAGGCCUAGCUGGGGUGAAGUCACUGGUCUUCAAUCAAACAUUGACCCUCAGGUGUCAGCGUGACUUUCGACCGGCUAGAGUAAUGUUCCGCACUCCCCCCCUGUUCUACCUAUUGCGGUCCGUUAAAAGUUGCUGCUCGUUUGAUGUGAAGGAUCCUAGUGACGUGGCACAAACAGCAUAGUGAAUGUUUAUCAGCUGCAUGGUGAAACUCCUCACAGGAACCCUGUGUAAGCAGCUGUUGAUGUUUCAGGCCAGUGGAAUUACAAAUCUAAACAGGUUUGUGGAAACAUGGUUCUCUUGAGUGCCUUGUGUUAUGCACAUAUUUUGUGCCUUUAAACUCCUCCUCCUCCUCCUACUCCUCCACCACCCACUACGGAAAAUAGAAAGUGUGGUCCAUCAUGUUGUAACGGUUUGGUUUGUACAUAGUAAAUCAUGGAUACACUGCAACAUACUGAGACUAAUGAGAAUUGUUUUUGUUAAACUACAAAAGAAUGGCGGUGUGCUUAUAGACCAGUCAACUAAAAGUGAGUUAAGCAAUGGGAGAUUUUUAUGGCCAAUGUGGGUGUCUCACUGAACCUGAAAAAACAUGCAGAUAUUGCUAAGGUACCACUUUUACAAACAGAUUGAAUAUAAAUGGAUCGGCUUCACAGUGCAGCUUUAUCAACAAAGCAACAACAAAAAAAAACAUGACAACACUGAUUAUGCUUGAACUGAGAUGACCCCAUGAAAUUAUUGCUUUGUACUCUACUGUUUCGUGAACCAAGAAAAACACAAACCUUUCACGCACCUUUUAUGUUUGUGCCUGUGUGUCUUUUAAAAUUAAUGUUUGUCAGUAAUUCAUGUGAGAAGAUGCUGAAGUUGCUGAGUAACUAUGUCCAGAAAAUUUUAUGUUUGUUAUGUUUUUAUUUAACCAUAAAGAAUUUCUUUGAUGUUUUUGUGUUCAGAAAAUAAAAACAUGAUUUAAAGGCA